AUGUAUUCGGGUAAAAUCAGUCACAAAAAGGCAUGGGAAGAAAUUGCUGAAGUAUUAAACAACGAAGGAUACAUUGUAACAGCCAAACAAUGCACGACCAGAGUAAAUACUAUGAAAAGAACAUACAAGAAUGUGAAGGAUCACAACAAUAAAUCUGGAAAUAAUAAGCGAACGUGGAAAUAUUAUGAUGUGAUGGAGAAUCUUCUCGGUGAAAAGCCGUAUAUAACACCAAUGUCAACUAUUUCGUCUACUGGCGCAGAAACACACAAAGCAGCAAAUACGAGCUUGUCUAUUGCUACAGAAACAGAAGUAGUAGCAAAUACAAGCUUCUGCAGUUCUUCUGACGAUCAAUCUUCCAAAUCCAAUGUUAGAGUGUCUCGUAAACGAAAGGGUGAUGCAACGAUGGACCAAAAAACUAUGGAAGAAAAUAAGGAGAGAAGACAUAAGGAAAGGCUACAAUUAAAUGAAAAAAUAAUGAACAAGUUGGAUCAACUACUCGAAAGACUAUCACGUUAA